UAAUCUGGGAGACUGUUAAAUUAAUUUUGUUAUCUCCGGUGGCCAAUCGGAAAAGAAGUAUGGAUGUGUUGGUAUGCCUAGUAGUGAUUUCACAGUUCCCAUUCUUCUAUUGGCUAUGGACGUACCCUCAGACAUGGGUGGAUCUUUGCGGGAAAGGGCGUGACCCAUCUCACGUCAUGAGCGUAGUGUCUAACGUGCUGAAGCUGCUGCAGUUCAUCGCUUUGUAUUCGGUAUCAACGCCUUCUUGGCCGCCGCCUCUCUACUUCUGGCCGCUUUUCCUCUUCGGUCAGUUCCUCAACAUCAGGGUAUACCAAUUGUUGGGAGAGUGUGGCGUAUACUAUGGUGUGAGGUUUGGAAAGAACAUUCCCUGGGUGACACAGUUUCCAUUUGGAGUAAUUAGGGAUCCCCAGUAUAGUGGCAGCAUUUUAUGUAUUAUCGCUUGUCUGCCUUGGGUUCCCUAUCCAUAUAUUCUCCUUUGGGUCCUCGGCUAUGUGUUUGUGAUUCACGUAGAAUCUAAGGAAGAUCCAGCUACUCGUGCCAAGCCCCUUGCAGAAGAGACUACCUGCUAGCGAGAUCUGCUCCUUCAGAUGAUGAACAGCCUCUAAAGCACAACCAGCCAUGUUCUUUUCUGUGUUGUUUCACAUUUUGGGCUUUUCCUAGUCCUUAUCUUGCUAUGUUAUGUUUUUUAGCAGUUGAUACUCAAAUCUAAAUCUCCUUAUCUUGCUAUGUUAUCUUGCUAUAUUAUGUUUUUUACCCGCAAGUGACGAUUCUCCCUGGGCCAGCUCCUGUGCCUCUCGGAACGAUCAUGGGUAGACCCCGGACCGUUAAACGGACGGAGAGAAAGACCCUAUAAAUUUACCAAAAAAUCACACAUCUCUAUUGCAUUUUAAAUGCCAAA